GCUGGCUAGCAGAGUAGAAAACCUGAAAAUAAAAGAGAGCCGCACACUCUAGGAGCUCAGAUGCAAAAACUUAAUUACCAACGUUUCGACAGCCAAGCUGUCCUCAUCAGGGUACGAUCACAAACAUCGCGGGAUGACUCGUCCGCAUAGUGCCAAAAGACACAGGUGUCUGCAAUCAUGGGACAGACAAACGACAGGUCAAAUGAAGGCAGGGGUCGAUAAUCCAGGGCAGGAGCAAGGUACAGGACGGCAGACAGGCUAAGAGUCAGGGACAGGCAGAGGUAAGGCGGGUGGGUACAGGGUCAGGACAGGCAAGGGUCAAAAACCAGGAGGAUGUGAAAAAGAGAGACUAGGAAAAGACAGGAGCUGACAAGACAAACGAUGGUAAGCUUGAACAAACAAGACGAACUGGCAGAGACAGACAGAAAACACAGGUAUAAAUACACAAGGGAUAAUGGGGAAUAUGAGCAACACCUGGAGGGGGGUGGACAUAUGGUGAAACUGAUCAGGGCGUGACAUCUGGGUGCACUCGCUUCCAUACCAGGCUGUGCGUCAGGCAGGGCUUGGUCCUUCCCACCCUGGAAAAUCCCUUUGGGCAGGGGGCUUCGCCAUGCUGGCAUCUUAGGGAAGUGGGGAUGAGUGCUCCCACUGACCAGAGCACCCACUGACGCGAGCACCCACUGACCAGAGCACCCACUGACCAGAGCACCCACUGAUGCGAGCACCCAUUCACAAUGUCUUUGUAAUGUAUGUUUGUUGUUUUAAUAGCAAUAAUAGUAAUCGUCCUCAGUAAAGUUAGAAAUGAGUGUUUAAGACGUCAUCCUAGAGAUAGAUAAUAAAUAGACUAAUACAUUAUUUGGCACCAAACUAUUCACCUGAAUACUUGUGUGUUUUUUGGAUGAAGUUCUAUUGAACAAGACUGGAUAUUUGUUUCAAUGUCUUCUAACAUGGAGGCUCAUGUAUGCUCUUACAUUAAGAUCAUUCCAGGGGUUUUUCCCUACCUUUUUAUAUGUUAAAAUUAUAGAUUGGUUAUUUCAACGUAAUUAUUAUUACAGUGUAAUUAUGACUAGUUAUAUUGUUGUUGCUACUGUUAAACUUUCUGUAUGAACAAGAGAGCUUUAAUGACAAAAGGAGAGUUUAUAUUUCCACAGGUGUUUGAGUUCCAUUGUCUGUACUGGCCGGGAAACAUUACCUAUAUACUGUAUGUUUGUAGUUACAAAACGGCUAUAAUCUCAUUAGAAAUAUUAUCAUUUAUAGAUGUCUUGUUUGCUCUCUCUCUCUCUCUCUCUCUCUCUCUCUCUCUCUCUCUCUCUCUCUCUCACACACACACACACACACACACAUCUGCUAUACAGAGAAAUGGUGGGUUUUCUCUGCGUUCUCCUCUCUCUGACUGCUUUACAAGUGGAGGGUUUCAGUGGGGGAGGAUCUUCCAUUGCUUCUCAGUGUGGCUCAAUGCUACCUGAUAAUAGUUUUCAUGGCAGCACAGGGCAGAGCUCUUCCUCACCAUAUACUGUCACUGUCAACAAGACCACCUUCCAGCCAGGAGACACCAUCCAAGUGACUCUGUCAGGAACCUUCACCUAUAAAGGGUUUCUUCUGGAGGCCCAUGAGGAAGGACAGAACAAGGCUGUGGGAACGUUCUCUCUCGGCAGUGGAACUGGGAUCGUUCUUGUGCCUUGCAAUGGGAUCGCAGCCUCUGGGGUGAGUCAAAGCAACAAUCAACCUAGAUCAUCAGUAACAGUCACCUGGACAGCACCAUCCUCAUCCUCAUUGGGCAACAUCAUAGUCAAGUCAACAUUUAUGCAGACCUCCAGUCUAUUUUGGAUUGCAGUGCCUAGUGUGACUGUAAACCGACUGUCCUCAGCUUUCACCACAACAAGAGCUCAAACAACAACAACUACAGCUCCUCCUACAACAACUACUGAUCCUACUACAACAACUACUGAUCCUACUACAACAACUACUGAUCCUACUACAACAACUACUGAUCCUACUACAACAACUACUGAUCCUACUACAACAACUACUGAUCCUACUACAACAACUACUGAUCCUACUACAACAACUACUGAUCCUACUACAACAACUACUGAUCCUACUACAACAACUACUGAUCCUACUACAACAACUACUGAUCCUUCUACAACAACUACUGAUCCUACUACAACAACUACUGAUCCUACUACAACAACUACUGAUCCUACUACAACAACAACUAUUGCUCAAAUAAAUCUCCAACCACAACAACCACUGCUCCUACUACAACAACUACAGCUCCCACUACAACAACUACAGCUCCUAACACAACAUCUACUGGACCUAUCCCAAACAGCUCUGAACAGCACAACUAUGACUCCUACUGCUACAUCUGCUACUCCAAUUCCUACUCCUAUGCCUCCUACUGCUACACCUAGUCCUACUCCUCUGACUCCUAAUACGUCAACAACUUCAACUACUGCUACUGCUACAACUCCUCUUAGACUUACGAGUUUGAGAGAAAGAAAGCGCUACUCUAGACCAAUGGGCUGCGAUGUUAGAGAUGACCCCAGGAAAUGCACCUACAUCUCUGUCACAACCUACCCUCCUUUCAUAGUGGAGAUUAGUGCACCUGCAGAGACACCUAAGGGAUACCUGGGAAUCAUCAGUGAAAUGCUAACUAAUCAAAUCAAGUUUGAAUCAGUGAUUGUGAUGUACGAAAGUGGAACAUUUACUGUUCAAAAGGCCUUUUACAAUGGAGCCACAUUUAUCAACAAAACACUACUGGAGGUAACGGACAAAGAACUUGCUUAUGAUCCUUAUAUAAAAAUACUCCAAUUGAACUUCAUCAUCCCUGAUAAUUUGACUCCACUUUUGCUCAAAACCUUGACCCUAACACCCAGAUGUGUAAUAGAUACUAGUCUUCAAAAAGUGUUUUUUGUCCGAGGAUCUGUUGAGGAUAAUGGUGAUCUUGGCUCUCCCUCCAUCACACUUUUGACAGGCCUCUCCAGUCAGGUUUCAUCAAGCUGUAGGAAACCACUUUUUCACGGCCUGUUGAUGACGUUGGUCUGUUGGAACCUCUUCAACCUUCUGCCUUAAAUCUGCUGAACUACCAAAUGAGGACUUUACAUCCAAGUUCAACAGUUUAUUGAUUUGGCUAUUUUUGUUCAAUAACAGUGUAUUUUUGAUAUAUAAUGUAGUCGUGCAUAUUUAUUCAUAUAUACAGUGGGGCAAAAAAGUAUUUAGUCAGUCACCAAUUGUGCAAGUUCUCCCACUUAAAAAGAUGAGAGGCCUGUAACUUUCAUCAUAGGUACACUUCAACUAUGACAGACAAAAUGAGAAAAAAAAUCCAGAAAAUCACAUUGUAGGAUUUAAUGAAUUUAUUUGCAAAUGGUGGAAAAUUUGUAUUUGGUCAAUAACAAGUGUGUGUGUGUGUGUGUGUGUGUGUGUGUGUAUCUUUUCUCCCGUGAAUACUAUUUUGUAUUAUUUGUUGAAAUGUACAUAAUAUAGAGUGUAAAACUAUUCCAAUCCAAUCCCAGUAUUUAAUUGUCAAUGCUAAUGUACAUACGUUAAUGAAUUUUUUGUGUCCUGCAACUAUGAUUUAUUAAGAUAUUUUACACAUGUUCUGUAUCUGAUCCUUAAGGGUAUUCGCUCCACUAGGAGCUGAAAGUACAAGUUAAGUUCUUCAAGUAUUUGAUAUGGAACUGAGUGUUGGGUUUUGAAUGCCUCUAGAAAACCUUAAGCCAGAGAAGUGAAGAAAUGUCUACUCUUAUGCAAUAACACUGUCCACAUAUAUUUUGAAUAGAAUUUAUGCUCCCUUACUGUAACGGCUUUCUUCCGUUGAAGGAGAGUCGGACCAAAAUGCAGCGUGGUUAAAUCGAGACCUCUUUAAUAACGAUGAAAACGAACAAUACAAAACAACAAACGGAACGUGAAAACCUAUACAGCCUGUCUGGUGACAACUAACACAGAGUCAGGAACAAUCACCCACCAACACACAGUGAAACCCAGGCUACCUAAAUAUGGUUCCCAAUCAGAGACAACGAGAAUCACCUGACUCUGAUUGAGAACCUCAGGCAGCCAUAGACUAUGCUAGACACCCCUACUCAGCCACAAUCCCAAUACCUACUAAAACCCCCAAUACCACAACACAACACAAAAUAACCCCAUGUCACACCCUGGCCUGACCAAAUAAAUAUAUAAACACAAAAUACUAAGACCAGGGCGUGACGCUUACCUUGUAUUUCGGUAUUUAUUUGGCUGUGUUUACACAGGCAGCCAAUUCUGAUAUUUUUGUAUUAAUUGGUAUUUUGACCAAUCAGAUCAGCUUUGAAAAAAUAGCUCUAAUGUGAUUGGUCAAAAGACAAUUUAGUGGAGAAAAAAAUAAUCACAAUUGGGCUUCCUGUGGAAACGCAGACAUUGUGAUGGUAACACAUUUACAGGUAGAACAGAGAAGCCACAUCCCUGAUUGGCAGAUGACUCGCAACGCUGAUUAGAAGCACCUGCUACUCACCGCUAACUCACAAGUCUUCCCUAUAAUACAUUUUUAUUUAUCCGUUAUUUUACCAGGUAAGUUGACUGAGAACACAAUCUCAUUUGCAGCAACGACCUGGGGAAUAGUUACAGGGGAGAGGAGGGGAUGAAUGAGCCAAUGUACUGUUUCGGUUUGAAAAAGUUGUGAACCUACACACUGUAGAAGGCUGUUAAGCCUAAACUGCAUGCUAUCAUGUUGUAGUUAAAAUAAUAACAAUAUAUAAAAAGUGAACUAAGCUUUAUGCUUUUUGAAUGCGGAACCAUCACACUUUCCAUGUGAAGAGGUGUAAAAAGGAGCUUUUCUGUUCAUAUUUUUAUGAAUAGAGAUGUAAGUAACAUUGAAAAUAUGCUUCAUGAUUUUGUGGAAUAGCAUAGCCAGGGUUGGGAAUGAGGAGGACCCAUGGUUGUAGACAGAUAUAACUUGAUUUAGAGUAAAUCAAAUCAAAUGUAUUGGUCACUUACACAUAUUUAGCAGAUGUUAAGGCGGGUGUAGCGAAAUGCUUAUGUUCCUAACUCCAACAGUACAGUAGUAUCUAACAAUUCACAACAAUCCACACAAAUUAAAUAUUAAAUAUUAGAAUGACCAAUGUCAGUGUGGCAUUGACUAAAUUAUUUUGAAUAGAAUACAGUGUAUGCAUUUGAGAUGUGUAAAGCAGUAUGUAAACAUUAUUAAAGUGACUAGUGUUCCAUUACUAACGUGGCCAAUGAUUCCAUGUCUAUGUAUAUAGGGCAGCAGCCUCUAAGGUGCAGGAUUGAGUAAGUGGGUGGUAGCCGGCUUGUGAUGGCUUUUUAACGGUCUGAUGGCCUUGAGAUAGAAUCUGUUUUUCAGUCUCGUGGUCCCAGCGUUGAUGCACCUGUACUGACCUCACCUUCAGGAUGGAAUUGGGAUGAACAGGCCUUGGCUCGGUUAUUUGAUGCCCUUGAUGAUAUUUUUGGCCUUCCUGUGACAUCGGGUGAUGUAGGUGUCCUGGAGGGCAGGUAGGGUGAUGAACUGGGCAGACCGUGCCACCCUCUGGAUAGCCCUGCGGUUGCGGGCAGUGCAGUUGCCGUACUAAGCGGUGAUACAGCCUGACAGGAUACUCUCAAAUGUUCAUCUGUAAAAGUUUCAGAGGGUCUUAGGGGCCAAGUCAAAUUUUUUCAGCCUCCUGAGGUUGAAGAGGCGCUGUUGCGCCUUCUUCACCACAGUGUCUGUGUGGGUAGACACACUCAGAUUGUCAGUGAUGUGUACACUGAGGAACUUGAAGCUUUCCACCUUCUCCAAUGCGGUCCCGUCGAUGUGGAUGGGGUAUGCUCCCUCUGCUGUUUCCUAAAGUCCACGAUCAGCUCCUUCAUAUUGUUGAAAGGUUAUUUUCCUGACACCACUCCGCCAGGGCCCUCACCUCCUCCCUGUAGGCUGUCUCGUCAUUGUUGGUAAUUAGGCCUACUACUGUUGUGUCGUCUGCAAACUUGAUGAUUGAGUUGGAGGCGUUCGUGGCCACGCAGCCAAGGGUGAACAGGGAGUACAGGAGGGGGCUGAGGACACACACUUGUGGGGACCCUGUGUUGUGGAUCAGCGAAGUGGAGGUGUGGUUUCUUACCUUCCCCACCUGGGGGCUGCCUGUCAGGAAGUCCAGGACCCAGUUGCAAAGGGCAGGGUUCAGACCCAGGGCCGCGAGCUUAAUGAUGAGCUUGGAGGUACUAUGGUGUUGAUUGCUGAGCUAUAGUCAAUGAACAGCAUUCUGACGCAGGUUUUCCUCUUUUCCAGAUGGGAUAGGGUCAUUUGCAGUGCUAUUGGGGUGUUUAGCAAAUUAAGUGGGUCUAGUGUGUCAAGGUAAGGUUGAAGUGAUAUGAUCCUUAACUAGCCUCUUAAAUUACUUCAUGAUGACAGAAGUGAGUGCUAGUAGAUGCAGGAUUUCAGCAAACAUGAUGUGGCUUGAAAAACUGCUUACAUUAAAUUAUAGUCAUUUAUCAGACACACCUUUUCAGAGCAACUAGAUUUAAGUGCCUUGCUUAAUUAAGGACACAUCGACAGAUUAUCCAGUGGAGUCAUCAUUGUGCGUACACACACACACACACACACACACACACAGAGACCUUAGAGAUCCUUUUUAUUCUCUAUUUUGGUUAGGUCAGGGUGUGACUAGGGUGGGUAGUCUAGUUUUUUAAUUUCUAUGUUGGCCUGGUAUGGUUCCCAAUCAGAGUCAGCAGUCUUUUGUUGUCUCUGAUUGGGGAUUAUACUUAGGCAGCCUUUUCCCACAGUUUUUUGUGGGAUCUUGUUAUUGUGUAGCUGCCUUUGAGCAGCCUGUCAUGUUUCAUUUUCUUCUGUAUUGUUUUUUGGUGAGGUUAAUAUUUAUUAAACAGGUGGAACUCUAAGUA